AUGAGGCUAUCACUGGCGUGUAUGUUCCCCAAGGAGAGCGCCUACGUUAGCAUGCCCCUCUCCGGAGUCACCGUGGUCCUGUGUGCCCUCACCCUGCUCUUGGUGGCCCUCAAGGGCCGGAGUCGACGCUACCACCUCCUCCCCCAGCACCACCACCACCCCGGGGUCCCACUUCCCCCGGGCCCCACGCAGUGGCCCCUGGUGGGCAACCUGCUCCAGAUGGGCGACCAGAUCCACCUGUCGCUCACCCGCAUGCGGGCGCAGUACGGCGACGUCUUCCAGCUGCGCCUGGGCUCGCUGACCGUGGUGGUGCUGAGCGGCCACACCACCCUCCGCCGGGCGCUGCUGAGGCAGGGCGAGGCCUUCGCCGGGCGGCCCGACCUCUUCACCUUCUCGGCGGUGGCCGACGGCACCAGCAUGACCUUCAGCGAGAAGUACGGCCCCGCCUGGACCCUCCACAAGAAGCUGUGCGGCAGCGCCCUGCGCUCCUUCUCCCAGGCCCCACCCAGGGGCUCCGGCGCCACCUGCCUCCUGGAGGAGCACGUCUGCGCCGAGGCCGGCCGCAUGGUGGACGCCAUCCUGGAGCGCUCCGAGGCCGGCGAGGGCGAGCGGGAGGGGGGCGGCGGAGGCGAGGGCGCCGGCUUUUCCGGAAGCCUAGACCCGGUGGAUGCCCUGGUGGCGUCCGUGGCCAACGUGGUGUGCGCCCUGUGCUUCGGGAAGAGGUACGACUACAGCGACGAGGACUUCCUCACUGUCGUGCGCGUCAACAACGAGGUGCUGCGCAUCUUCGCGGCGGGGAACCUGGCGGACUUCUUCCCCGUGUUCCGCUACGUGCCCAGCCCCUCGCUGAGGAAGAUGGUCCAGCACAUCCGGCGGAUGAACGGCUUCAUGGAGAAGAACAUCGAGGAACAUCUUGGCACCUUCGACAAGGGCUCCAUCCGUGACAUCACAGACGCCCUGAUCGCUCUGUGUGAAGACAGACAGGAGGAGAAGGGGACGGCCACUCUCUCCAACUCCCAGAUCGUACACACUGUCGUCGACAUCUUCGGAGCGGGAUUCGACACCAUCAUAGCGGGUUUGCAGUGGAGCCUCUUGUACCUUAUCAAGUUCCCUGAGAUCCAGGCCAAGAUACACCAGGAGAUUGAUGAGCAUAUUGGCUCCGAUAGGCUACCGAGGUUUGCUGACAAACCCAAGAUGCCGUUUACAGAGUCGUUCAUCUACGAAGUGUUCCGCCACGCGUCCUACGUUCCCUUCACCAUACCCCACUGCACCACAGUUGACGUAACUCUCAAUGGAUACUUCAUCCCAAAAGACACCUGUGUCUUCAUUAACCAGUAUCAGGUCAACCAUGACACAGAGCUGUGGGGGGACCCGGAUGUGUUCCGCCCCGAACGCUUCCUGGACAGGGCGGGGCUUCUCCACAAAGACCUGACUGAGAAGGUCAUGAUCUUUGGCAUGGGGAAGAGGCGUUGCCUGGGCGACGGCUUUGCCCGGCUGGAGAUGUUUGUGUUCCUGACCACGCUGCUCCACCGCCUGAGGCUCCACAAGGUCCAGGGUCAGGAGCUGGACCUCAGCACCGACUUUGGCCUCACCAUGAAGCCACGCCCCUACCGGAUCGGCAUCUCGUCCCGUGUUUAG